CAGCAUUUCAUUCCACCCUACAAGCACUCCUUCGGAUUUUCCGUUGUACUCUGACCGAAAUUUAACCUUUACCUAGAAAAUGGUCACGUAAACAUCGCUGGGGAAAAACAAUGCACAGAAAGACAAGUGUGUUGUUUAAUUUACAAACAUUCUUAUUUUUAUUUUUAAACGAGAGAAAGCUUAAGGAAAAUGGACGAUAACGCGAGGAAAAUCCUUAGGCUGCCGCGACCACGUACUAGUGUUCUAUGGGAUGGCCAUCUCAGUCAUAUGGUUGCUGGUGUAUCAGGAGGAGUAGUGGCUACACUUGUUUUACAUCCUCUGGAUUUAGUUAAAAUUAGAUUUCAAGUCAGUGAAGGAUCAGCUGGUGGCCAUGGUAAUGUUGUGGGAGCUGCUCGACCAGAAUAUAAAGGCAUUGUUGAUGCAUUUAGAUCCAUCAAACAGAGUCAGGGAAUGAUGGGAUUGUACCAGGGUGUGACACCAAAUGUAUGGGGAGCUGGACUCUCAUGGGGUCUCUACUUUUUCUUUUACAAUGGUGUAAAAACAUGGAUGCAGGAGGGUAAUACUCAAAAACCUUUGGGACCUCUUAAAAACAUGCUAGCAGCUUCAGAAGCAGGACUUUUAACAUUAUUCCUAACAAAUCCAAUAUGGGUGACCAAAACAAGGAUGUGUUUACAGUAUGAGGGGAAUUCCCCCAAGACCAACAGCAACACUUAUUACAAAGGAAUGUUAGAUGGUUUACUGAAAAUCUAUAAAUUGGAAGGAAUAAGAGGGUUAUAUCGGGGUUUUGUACCAGGUAUAUUUGGAAUCUCCCAUGGUGCUUUGCAGUUUAUGGCCUAUGAAGAAAUGAAGACUUUAUUUAACCAGUACCUCAAUAGACCAAUAGAUUAUAGAUUAGGCACUUCAGAGUACCUAACAUUUGCAGCUUUAUCUAAAAUAUUUGCUGCGACCCUUACAUAUCCCUAUCAAGUAGUCCGGUCAAGGCUACAGGACCAGCAUCGUAGUUAUAAUGGUGUGAUAGAUGUUCUAAAACAAGUGUGGAGGUAUGAAGGCUGGACAGGAUUUUAUAAAGGAUUGAAACCAAAUUUAUUACGUGUGACACCAGCUUGCUGUAUAACAUUUGUGGUAUACGAAAAUAUAAUUACAUAUUCUAAGAAAAGACAGGAAAGAGAAUCCAGGACAGAACCUGAGGUAGAAAUCGAUGAAAGUUGAUCAAUGCUUUAACAUUGAAGAUAUUAAACAUUAUCCAUUCAAGUGUAAAUUGCCAAAUGUUUAGUUUUAAAGAAUCUUUUUUAAUGUGAUAGUCAUCAUUUUUUAUCUAAUUUCAAAAGCAUUUAUUUUUGUCAAUACAUAUUCUAGUGUGUGAGCUCUAUUCCCCUUCUUAUAAGGCCAACUCUCUAGAAUUGAAAGACGGCAUGUGAUACAAAAUGGCCAUAUAAGAUGGGGUAUCAUAUUCCAGUGUGUGAGCUCUAUUUCCCUUCUUAUAAGGCCAACCCUCUAGAACUGAAAGACGGCAUGUGAUACAAAAUGGCCUUAUAAGAUGGGGUAUCAUAUUCCAGUGUGUGAGCUCUAUUCCCCUUCUUAUAAGGCCAACUCUGACUUUGAAAGACGGCAUGUGAUACAAAAAGGCCUUGUAAGAUAGGGUAUCAUCUUUUAUUGAGAGAGAGGAGAUAAGUAAUUUAUGUCUGUGUUAGUUGAUAUAUUGUAAAGUGAGUUUUUGUGAAGUUUCAAGUGAUGGAUGUUCGUGUUUACAUUUUUAAACUACUGAGAUUUAUUUUAUGUGUUAAAAUUGUAUGUUGAGAUGAUAAACACUGAUCUGUUUUAUUUGCUUCUGCAAAUGGAACAAUUAAAUUAUGAAAACAACUUUAA